AUGAAGCAGGGAUACACAGAGGACUUCCAUUACUUAUCUGCCAAAUUCCAAAUCUCGAUAGGAUCGCUCCCGAUUCAGGAGAAGGGGGUUCAGACGGACCCCACUCAUGUGGAAACCGCUGUGCAGACCCUGACCAGCGAAGAGAUGGACACUGGAGAGUCUGCAGAGCCCACUCUGCUCCAGGCAAGCAUGGGGGAAGAUUGUAGCUUCUGGAGUAGAUUCAAAACUGUGGCAAAGAAGGUGGCUGUAGCCAGUCUGGCGGUAGUGGCCCUGGGAUACAGCCUUUCUUUUUAUGCCACAGAGACGUUUGGAUUUCAGACGUUUACCAACCUCCCCCCUUAUUAA